AUGAGUUAUCAAGUGACAGAGCCUGCAUUUAGUACAAUCAAUUGUUCAAGUUUUGGUGUUAUACACAUUGGUGAUGCAACAGAUAAUCCAUCAUGUUUAAAAUAUUCUCAACAAGGUUUACGCGCAUCAUUUCAAUGUCAAGAAUGUGUAAGUAUAAUAGAAAAAUAUCGAACAAGUUCAGAUCCUAAUGAUUAUAAUGAAACAAUUGCACAAGAAGUACAACGUCUUUUAUCAAUAUUAAAUGGACGUAUACAAACAUUUCUUAAAGAAAUGAUUAAAAUAUAUAAAAUAACAAAUAAUAAAAAAUCAAUAUAUGAAGAUUAUAAAGGAAUGUAUAGUAUAUCAUUACGUGUAAAUGAAGCAUCAACAACAUUUCCUAAAGAUUUAUAUGAUGCAAUAGAACGUUUAAAAAAAAUUAUGGGUGUGGUUGAAUGGUUCUCAGAAUGA